GGAGUCACCUAGCAAGUGAAAUUACUCCUCCAGUUCACUCCUGAGAUAAGCCUCCUCUUUCAACACGAUGCUCAAGUCUGUCACAGAAAGCUUUGCCAGAGUGAUCCAUGGCUUGACAGUGGAGCACCUGACAGACCACGUCAUUCAGAGAAGCAAAAGAAUGAUUCUGGAUACUCUGGGUGUCGGCUUCCUGGGAACCAAUACAGAAGUGUUUCACAAAGCCAGUGAAUAUAGUAAGAUCUACAGUUCCAAUGUGGCCAGCACUGUUUGGGGUCAGCCAGACUUAAGGCUCCCGCCGACAUAUGCUGCUUUUGUGAACGGUGUGGCUAUUCACUCAAUGGAUUUUGAUGAUACAUGGCAUCCUGCCACCCACCCUUCUGGAGCGGUCCUUCCUGUCCUGCUGGCUUUAUCAGAAGCUCUGCCUCCAAGUCCAAAGUGUUCUGGCCUUGAUCUGCUCUUAGCUUUCAAUGUUGGGAUUGAAGUGCAAGGCCAAUUACUGCGUUUCUCCAAGGAAGCCAAUGACAUACCAAAGAGAUUCCAUCCCCCCUCAGUGGUAGGAACCUUGGGUAGUGCUGCUGCUACAUCCAAGUUUUUGGGGCUCAGCAUGACAAAGUGCCGAGAGGCCCUGGCUAUUGCUGUUUCUCAUGCCGGGGCACCCAUAGCAAACGCUGCCACUCAGACCAAGCCUCUUCAUAUCGGCAAUGCUGCCAGGCAUGGGAUGGAAGCUGCUUUUCUGGCAAUGCUGGGUCUCCAAGGAAACAGACAAAUCUUGGACAUGCAGACAGGGUUUGGGGCCUUCUAUGCCAACUAUUCCCCAAAAGUUCUUCCAAACCUAGAUUCCCACACUUGGCUGCUGGACCAGCAGGAUGUGGCCUUCAAGCGGUUCCCUGCACAUUUGGCCACCCACUGGGUGGCAGACGCAGCUGCAUCUGUGAGAAAGCACCUUGUAACAGACAGAGCCCUGCUUCCCAUUGACCGCAUUGCAAGAAUUGUGCUCAGAAUUCCAGAUGUCCAGUAUGUAAACAGGCCCUUCCCAGACUCAGAGCAUGAGGCUCGUCAUUCCUUCCAGUUUGUGGCCUGUGCCACACUGCUUGAUGGCGGCAUCACUGUCCCAUCAUUCCACAAAUGCCAGAUCAACAGGCCACAGGUGAGGGAGUUGCUCAGUAAGGUGGAGCUGGAGCACCCUCAAGACAACCUGCCAAGCUUCAACACACUAUACUGUGAGAUAAGUGUCACUCUCAAUGAUGGAGCCACCUUCACAGAGCGUUCUGAUACCUUCUAUGGCCAUUGGAGGAAGCCAUUGAGCCAGGAGGACCUACGGGAGAAGUUCAGAGCCAAUGCUUCCAGCGUGCUGUCCUGUGAUACAGUAGAAAGACUUACAGAGAUGGUAGAGAACCUAGAAGACCUAGAAGACUGUUCUGUCCUAACCACUCUUCUGAAAGGACCGUCUUCACCGGAGAUGGUUUCAAAAUCUAUCUAGCAUCCAACAAUUUCAUCAGACAGUUUCUCCUGAGGCUUACCAACAUCUAAGUGACUUUAUAUUGGGGAAAAAUCAGUGAUUUGCUUUAUAGAGCAAGGGUUUACUAUCGCUCUGCCCAGGAACAAGUGAAGCAAGGUGGACAGAGUCCAGAAACAGAAUUGGAUUUUUAUGGAAGGAGUCUUUUCCUAUAAAUUCUGCAAGACAGUUCCAAUUACCUGAAGAAAAAUAAUAAAUAUGCAAGAAACACAGAGAAAUUGAUUUUAUAAGUAUUCAUAAGGCACCUCUGAUUUGCUUGUAAGGUUAAUCUUUACAGAGGAGUUCUUUAUGAACUUCAUGAACCUUAAGAUGUGGGAGGAAUUUGAACCUACAUGUAAGUUUGCUGACAGUCAACAAGGGCUCUGGCCUAUUGUGCCACCAACAUGUUUCUUGGACCAUGGUUUUUUACAAGCCCCCCACAGUAGUGGGGGUGCUAUUGGGUUUAAAUAUAAGGAAUUAGUGGGUACAAAUCCUGCCCCUACAACUUACUGGAUGUGACCCUAAGCGUGUUACUGGGUAGCCCUCUGCCUCAGUUUAAAGCAGAAAUAAAAAGCGGUAUAAAAAGUAAAACAGUUUGGCUCUGGAAGCCAUGCUGCUAACCACUACAAUAUACUGCGUUUUGUUACAAAAAAAUUUUUGAGAAAAAUAUGGACGAAGAGUUUGACGUGUAAUAAAGAACGACAGCAAAAAAUAUGUGGGUAAUUAAAUAACUAUUGACUUUGUAAAAUAAUAAAAAUGUCUUACGGGGUUAAAAAUUGCAACUUUAGCAAUACAUAUAAGCAGGGAGUUACUAUAAUUGUGCUCUAAAUUCCUUAUGUCAUUCAAGAAAAGGGCAAAGCUAUUAACUGUAGACUUUGAUUUGUAAGUAUGCAUGUUGACAUUUCCAGGGUAACCAUUAUAAGACAACAGUAGAAUAUACCACUUCCAGGUUAACAGAGAGAGAAAUAUGGAAUUAGGAAAAAGAAAAUAAACCAAAGGAAGGCAAGAAAGGAGGAGGAAAA